AGAAAAAUUGAGCCGCCGCGGGUGGAAAACGCGGGACGCGUGCAGCGAGAACGCAUCGCUUCGCGUGUGUCCGGCGGCCGCGUGUGUCGCGCACAUCAGGCCUAUACGUGUGUGAGCGCUCGACGUGCCGUCCGCUCGCUGCAUUGCGAGUGUAUAUACCAAUACGUCGUCGUUUCUCGUCUCGCGACCAAAGAGAGGAGGCUCCCUUCCCCCGACCUGGAUGCGCGGCAGUCUGUAUGAUUGUGCUAUAGUCCUCUGAACGCUAUUUGGACAGCGUCUGUAGACAGCAAGGACGCAGAGAAGGAAGAGAAGGCGUGAAGCGCGAGCGGAAGAUGCCGCGCGACGCAGCCAGAGAACGUGAAUGCGACGAGCAUCGUCGGGACGCGAGUCGCGGCACCGACUGUUCACAGGGUGCACGAUGAUGGCGGAAUGCCCGUGGACAGGGUGCACAGUAUUAUCCGGCUCGUCGGUCGAGUAUACGGUAAAGUUGAUCGCCCAUCGUGGUGGCAAGAUCGAGCGCAACAGGGGCAGCAGCAGCAGCAGCAGCAGCAGCAGCAGCUGCAGCAGCAGCAGCAGCAGCAGCAGCAGCAGCAGCAGCAGCAGCAGCAGCAGCAGCAGCAGCAGCAGCACGUAUCUGGGACGCGCGACGGGAUAAUAAAUGCCAAAACGGCACGACGCCGGCACGAGCCGAGGUGGAUCAAACGUGGGAACGCGAAACACAAUUGUCGAAUGCGAGCAGGUGUUCCAGGAGGACUGGAUCGCGUGGUUGCAUGUAAAUCGCGAGGAAGAGGAGCAAGAGGAAGGAGAGGAGGAGGAGGAGGAGGAGGAAGAGGAGCAAGAAGAAAAGACAAAGAACGUCAAAGUUUACCGCUGCGAGCGGAUCGCGGACAGCCAGAUUGAACGGCCGCCUCGCGGAUUCUUAUCGCACGGCAGGGGAUAGCGGGAGCCACCACGGAGGCGGGGGUGGGUUUGCCCCUGCUUCUUC